GGCACCUUCCGAGUCCUUCUGCUGCGGAACGUGGGAUCCGCCUCGGCGUGGCCUGUUGGGACUUACUGCUCGUUAAAUAGACCUCAGAGCGGUGUGACAUCGCCCCGCCUGUCCCUUCCUUCCGUCAAAAGGGUAGCUGCUUUCUGAGCCAUCACAUACCACCUUCAUGUGUCCCUAAGAUUGUCAUCAGCUGCUUGGUUUUUUUCUGAGGCCUUACUGAGAUUUAAUUACUUAUAGGCUCUAGUGGUUAUAAAGUAAUUUAAGAUGUUUGUACUGCUCAGUUUUAACUCUCUAACUGACUCUUGUAUUAAGAGACGUUGUUUUAACUUGAGAAUGGUUAAACGGCCAAAAAAUUAAAUUAUUUAUGGAUAAGGGCUAUUUUAUUUGACUACUGUUGGCCUGCAACUUAAACUUGCAUCUUUUAUUUUUUUUUUAUCCUAUGCUUUUUCUGUGUUAUGGCUGGGGGGACGCAACAAUAGUUCAUGAUACAUCAGAAGCUGUAGAGCUCUGUGCUCCCUGUGGGUUAUACCUUAAACCCAUUACAAAAAUGACCAUCAGUGUGGCACUUCCUCAGCUGAAACAACCGGGAAAAUCCAUUUCGAACUGGGAAGUGAUGGAAAGAUUGAAAGGGAUGGUGCAAACUCAUCAGUUUUCUACUUUGCGGAUUUCUAAAAGCACGAUGGAUUUCAUCCGCUUUGAAGGAGAGGUUGAAAACAAAAGUUUGGUUAAAUCUUUUCUGGCAUGCCUUGAUGGCAAAACAAUAAAGCUGAGCGGCUUCUCUGACAUUUUAAAAGUCCGUGCUGCAGAGUAUAAGAUUGACUUUCCUACCAGACACGACUGGGACUCGUUUUUCCGAGAUGCGAAAGAUAUGAAUGAGACUUUGCCGGGGGAGAGGCCAGAUACUAUUCACUUGGAGGGCUUACCUUGUAAGUGGUUUGCAGCAAAGGACUCUGGCUCGGAAAAGCCAAGUGAAGAAGUCCUUAUAAAAGUUUUCAAGAAAUUUGGAGAAAUUCGUAAUGUGGACAUACCCAUGCUGGACCCUUACAGAGAAGAAAUGACUGGCAGAAAUUUUCACACUUUCAGUUUUGGAGGCCAUUUAAAUUUUGAAGCUUAUGUUCAGUAUCGGGAGUACGCGGGUUUCAUUAAGGCCAUGAACGCCCUGCGAGGGAUGAAGCUGAUGUAUAAAGGCGAUGAUGGCAAAGCCGUAGCUUGCAAUAUAAAGGUUUCUUUUGACUCCACAAAACACCUCAGUGAUGCAUCAAUUAAGAAGCGUCAGCUUGAACGGCAAAAGCUUCAAGAGCUGGAAAAACAGAGAGAAGAACAAAAACGUAAAGAAAAAGAAGCUGAAGAAAAACAAAAAGAGGAAGAAAGGAAGCAGAGAGAGCUUGAAGAAUAUGAGAGAGAGAGAAAAAGAGAAGAAAAGUUGCGCAGGAGGGAACAGAAACAAAAAGAUCGUGAAGUUCGACGAAACAAAAAGCAGCUUGAAAAGCUUCAAGCUGAAGAACAGAAAAAACUGCAAGAGAAGAUAAAGUUAGAAGAAAGGAAGCUCCUGUUAGCUCAGAGAAAUCUUCAGUCAAUUAGAUUAAUUGCAGAACUGCUAAGCCGGGCAAAGACCGUGAAGCUUUUAGAGCAAGAACAUAAUGAAGAAAAGAUUCGUCUUCAGGAGCUGGAGGAGAGACGAAAGCUCCAGGAGGCUGAGCUCAAACGUGUGGAAGAGGAAAAAGAGAGAGCGCUGGGGUUGCAGAGAAAAGAAAAGGAACUGAGGGAGAAACUACUGAACAAUCUCCUGAGCAAGAAAAUGGAUGCAGUUAAUCAACAGAAGGAAGAAACCGAAGCAUCUCAGUCUGACAUGCUGAAAACACCUAGUGGUGUUCCACACACUGUGUCAUCCAGCUGCAUCACUUCUACCUCAGGGCAGGCUGUUACAGGCAAACUGGCUCCUGGCUGUCAACGAGAAGAAACGUCCCCUGAGAGUGUAAACACUCAAUGCAAGUACUUGAAUGGCAAUAUUCAUGACAAAGUUCAUGUCAAAGAAGGUCAGAAACUUCAUACCACAAACUCUGAGAGGUGUUCUGAGAAAAGAAGUUCAGGUGUUCCUGCCAGUAACCAGGAGCAGAAAAGCCUCUCUAGCUAUGACCAGAAUACCUACAGGAAGGACUCACACUGUGAGCAGGGCAAACAUAGCACAGAGUCAAGAAGAAGAAAGAGCCGUUCAUGUAGCAGCAUAAACACCGAUGAGAGUAAGGGUAAACGAGAGAGGAGCAGACACAGAAGAGAUGCGAGUUACCAGGAUGAAAAGCGCAGGAGAGAAAAGAGAUAUUACAGACGCUCGAGCAGAAGUUACAGUCCUCAGCGAAGCCGUAGCCCUCGUCGAAGAAGCGUGAGCUCCAGACGUUCGCAUUACAGAAGAACUCGCAGUAGCGAGCGUAAAAGAGACAGAAGAGAAAGAAGUCGUAGUCGCAGAAGUGUGAGCAGGAGACAAAGGUACUGGAGGAGAUCACGGAGCAAGCAAAGGAGUACUUGGAGUGGGUAG